AAAUGACGUGGCCGAUGACGUCAUCCUCGGCCCGUCAAACAGCACAACACGGAAGUGCUCGGUGGCUCAACCUGUAGUUCAACGGAGCGACUUAAUGAGCCAAUGUUUCCCCUGUAGCACAGAAUGCCCGUUGAAAGCCCGGAGGGGAGGACGGUGGAGGUGCUGGCGCUGCCGGCGUCCGUGGACGAGGAGCUGCUCUCUCUGUACUUUGAGAAUAAGCGGCGCUCUGGGGGGGGUCCGCUCGUCUUUGUGGAGAAGAAAGGGGACCGCGCCACUCUGGUGUUUGAAGAGGCAGAAGCUGCAGCCCGAGUGCUGUGUAAAGGCCACCACGUUCUGCAUAAUGCCGAGCUGAGUGUGAAAAGGCCGGCCUCGGAGAGCCGAUGCAGACUGCUGCUGCGGGGGAUCAACCCCAACACCUGCACAGAGAUGAUCGAGCUCUACGUGGAGAACAUGAUGGACUUGAACGUGCCCGAGUACACUCUGCGUCCCUCGCCGGGGAGAGAUUUCAUCUGCAUUCAUCUCAGCCAACCCCUUACAAAAGAUUUCCAAGACCUCAGUGCUAAAAUCGCAAAGAGGAAACUGGAUGGGGCCGAGGUCACUCUCGAACAGAUUGACCCCUCGGACUCCGUGUUGGUGGAGAACCUGCAGCCCGGCACCUCUCCAGACGUGCUCACUGUGUACUUUGAGAGCCUGCGAGGUGGGGGACAAAAGGUGAAGGAGGCCACGAUGCUUUCAGAGCAUACAGCCAAAGUGUCCUUUCUCAAUUAUGAGUCGGUGGGCGUCAUUCUCGACCUUUCUCACCGACUGGACGGUGCUGAUCUCGUCGUGGGGCCGUACUUUGACUUCCUCCUGCCCACAGAAGAAUUAACGUCACGGGACUCUGCGGCUGGAAGUCAAGACGCGACUGAGAGAGACUCUGAGGAAGUUCCGAUGCAGACCGGUCCCCCCGCGGUGGUCGCUGCAGACAGCGAGUCCUCAUCUCCUCUGGCCUCGAAGCCUCUUGCCGCCCAUGAAGCAGCAGAGAGGGAGGCGGCAGAGGUUGUCAUGGCGGACGAGAAAGAACUACUCUCAAGCCAUAUUCCUAUCGCUGACCCAGCAAAACUUGCUUUGUUUCAAGUCAGCAGCUUCCUACGGGACACUGUGAACGCCCACCCGAACCUCACCAUCCAAGUCAAAGACGAUGGCGUGCACAUCGCAGGGAGCGACCGAGAGACGCUCGCGCAGAUACAACACGCCGCCUCGGGCUGUUUGGGCCAAAUGGCCGAGACUCGCGUCACCCUCGAGUCGGAGCAGGCUCGGCUCCUCGCAAGAAGAGACGUAAGAGAGCACCUCCUGCGAGCUCUGGCUCAGACCGGGUCCGCUGCCGCGUACGCCGUGUCGGACUGCGACGUGGCGGUGGCCGCCCCGUCUCGGGACUCCGCCGAGCAGGCGUGCCGCUUUUUGGAAUCCCAGCUGUGUCACCUCAGCAUCCCGGUGGACACGCAGCACGAGUGCAUGCUGUACUGCAGGGAGUGGUCCGAGUUCCUGGAGGCCCUUGGUUUCUCCGCUGUGAAGGUGUCGGAGCGAGGAGGCAGCGUGGAGCUGUUCACUCUGAAGGGGAUGGAGGGCGAGAGGCAGACGGCCAUCACGAGCUUCCUCGCCACCCCCAUCGAACGGGAGACCGUCAUCUCCAUGGAGCCGGGCGUGCUGAAGUACAUCCAGAUGCAUUGUCAUCAGCUGCUGGCUGAAAUGAACCAGGUGUCCAUCUUUCCUCUGGAAGCGGAGGACGUGUGCGGGUUGAAGAUCCACGGCCAAGCCACCGCUUGUCAAAUGGCCGAGGAGGUGUUGCAAGGUGUCGUGUCUUCGGUCUGCACCAGAACCAUCACAGUGAACGUUCCGGGAGUGACCCGGUUCUUGAACGAGAAGCUGUGCGCCGGCAUCCUGAAGGAGAUGGAGACAAAGUUCACGGUGUUGAUCAUCCCGAAGCACGUUCCCUGGGAAUCCCUGGCGCACCAGGACAUUUUUGAUACCGCAUGGAACAUGAUGUCGCAGCAAAACUUCCCGCGAGUUCCCUUCGAUGGUUCUGCCCCGGAUGCGAAGUCUGAUUCCAUGCAGACCGAUCAUAAUGGAGCUCCAGAUAAAGGCCUUUUAGACGAGGCAAAGAGAAUCGUCUCGGCCGUCGAAGGAGGACUCGGGCAGUGUGUGACCGGUCCCGACCAGCCCGACGCCAUGGAUGAGCUGGACCUGUACACGGCGGAGGACCCGACCCCCCUGGCGGACCAGGACCCUCCCGGGAUGGCCGUGGAUGACACGAGGGAAGGGAACGCAACGAGCGGCUCGCUCCCGCCGAACCUUUCUAGCAACCUCGAAGAAGAGGCCCAAAUGUCUCUGGCCAUCCAGUACUCCAUGGAGUCCAGUCAUUGGUCGCCGGAGGAGGAGGAGCAACAGCUGCAGCGGGCCUUGGAGCUGUCGAAGAACAUGAUCCAACACAAGGCGUCCUCUGGCGCUGACAAGCAGGUGGUGAAGGGCGUAGAUGUUUCCUUACAGGAAGCCAUCAAGGCAGCCAACACCACACAGAUGGUUGUGUACGCGAGUUAUAACAGCGACCUGAUUCGGGUGGACAUAGCUUUCGGGAAGAAGGUCAACCAGAGACAGGUGGAGGAGAAACUGGAGCACAGGUGUGUGAGGAACAUGUCCGAGUACCACAGGAAGUGUCUGGAGAUGAUCAAGAGGAAGCACGCGGUGGAGAUCCAAAUCCAGGGCACCAUCAUCACCGUCUCCGGCUUCAAGGACUACGUGACCGGAGGACUGGCCGACUUGAAGCUGCUGCUGGAGAAAAUAUCUAACUCGGUCACUGACCGGGAAAUCCUAAAGACCGUCCAGUGGGCGUAUCACGACCCGGCGUCUUCGGACCCGACCCCUUAUUGCCCCGAGGCCACCGUGUUCAUCGAGAACGCCCUGAGGAGGAAGCUGCAGAAGGUCGACAUCCUGUUGGACAAUCGGCCCCACACCAUUGACUUUGAGAAGAUGCAGGAAUCCAACGCAGCGUCCGGGAGGUCGGUGAAGAUCUCCAGGAAACUGCUUGAAUCAGGGGACUUGGAUGCUAAUGCAACCGAGGAGGAAUAUUCUCUGCUGUCAAUGCUCCCCGAAACGAGCAAAGUGGACGAGGAGUCCGACGAGUUUCAGAACGUGGUGAAGAAUUUCUACGCGACCAUACAGGAAUACCACAGCAAAAUCCGAAUCAUUAAGGUGGAGAAGCUGAUGAAUCGCCUUCUGUACAACCAGUACAAGCUGAAGAAGGCGAGCGUCCUGCAGCGCGCCACGUAUCCGGAGGUCGAGCGGACGCUCUACCACGGCACGAGCGAGAGCAGCGUGAAGGAGAUCUGCGUCCACGGGUUCAACCGGAGCUUCUCGGGAAAGAAUGCCACCGUCUAUGGCCAGGGCGUGUACUUCGCCGUCAACUCGGCGCUGUCGGUGCAGGACCAGUACUCGCCGCCGAGCGCGGACGGCUACAAGUACGUCUUCGUAUCGAAGGUGCUGACGGGGGACUACACCAAAGGGUGCCACUCCAUGAUCACGGCCCCGCUGAAGGAGACGGACGGCAUCCCCCUCCGGUACGACAGCGUGACCAACGACAUCACCAGGCCGGCCAUGUUUGUCAUCUUCAACGACACGCAGGCCUUUCCCGAAUAUCUCAUCACGUGCCAGAGGAUCACCCGCUGAGCACCCGCUGAGCCGCGUGUUUAAGGACUUUGGUUACAAAGGGCGAGAUAUUGUUAUGAUUUGAGUAACAGCUGUUCUUUUUCAUGAUGGAAAUUUCAUCGCGUACUGCGGUUUUAUGGGUGGCUCCGCCUUCGCUUCUCCGGUUCAUUCGACUCUCACGAAGGGAAGCUCAUUUUAAUUAAGUAAUAUUUAAUUUGGCCACACACUUUGGUGAUUAUUCUUCCAAAAUGUGUUGUAUGUCUGAUGUCAAAUCAAGUUAUUUUCCACACAAUGUUUUGGAUUUUCUUUCAUACAGAAAAAAUGGUGGCUGUAACAAAGUUGUUGGUCUGUGAUUAUUUGGUGUUCAUGUUCUUCUUAGUUAUAUGAGAAGACAUUCUGAAAACAGGAGACCGAGUGCACUGGUCCACCGACGAUGUUGUUGAAAAACAAUAACCGGGUUUUCAAAAAGAAGAAUUUGCCCUUGGUUGGAAAAUGACUACAGUGGAACUUAAUAUCAUUGUGAUUUUAUUUUAGUUACAUGUUAAAUACUAAGCCUUACAUAACAGUCACGCAUAGCUUACUGUGCACUUAAGAGCAAUGUACAAUUUAUUAAAACGCAAUAAACUGAGUUAAGUUGUGUUUGCAAAACAUUA